AUGCAUAUGGCAGCCACUUACUAUCUAAGCAGGAUGAGUGCUAGUGGGAGCAAAGGCCCUGCUCCUACAGUUGAGCAGAUUCAGGAAGAUGUCAUUACUCAGUUGGCAAAUCAGUUCUGGUCUCCUUACACUCCAGAGACAAAAAUAUUUAAACCAAAGGUAAUUGAAGAUAUUUAUGGGAAAGAAAUUCUUGCUACCAAAUUUUCUAUACGAAGAAUUGUUGUGCUGGAAUUCAGUCAGUACCUUGAAUGUUAUCUGUGGCCCAACUACCAUCCUGAGAAAAGCACCAAGAGUCACUUGAUGUCAAUUGUGAUUAUGGUUAAUGAGAAAUUCCGAGAAAGAGUUCCUGCUUGGGAGGCUUUUCAAUCAAAGUCUGAAAACUUUCCAGCCUUCUUCCAAGAAGUUCUUAAAGCCAGUCUCAAAACAGGAGAUUUUUCUUUACAAGAACAAGCAAUGCUUUUAGUUUUCCUCAUCCAUUGCUUCAAUAGUUUGGAAGUUGAUUUGAUCCGAGAACAGGUCCAGAAAUUGGUUUCCCUUUCCAUCUGGAAAAACAUUCUACCAGGUCGUCGAGAAGAACUAUUCCAAAUUUACCCAAAAUACAAGAAAUUCUUCAACCUACUUCGAAAAAACCAUGCAAAGCUGACAGAACCGGAAAAGCAAAAGGCAGAAUUUGAGAGCACAUUUUUAGCUCAACUUAUCAAGAAAUAUUUUACUGUUCUUGAAAAAAUACCCGAAACAGAUCCUGUUCCAAUGGAGUCUGUUCAUUACUGUGAACGUUUUCUUGAACUGAUGAUAGAUUUGGAAGCGCAGUUACCAACAAGGCGCUUCUUCAAUGCUGUCAUUGAUAACACCCAUUUUCUUGUGGUCAGCAAGUUGUCAAACCUGAUCAAAAGGCCAGAGGGGAAAUUGUUUGGACAGCUAAUGGAUAUGUUAGAAAUGUAUAUUGAAUUUGAAAUUAAUGACCAAACUGGGGAGGCUCUGACCUUGCAUGAUCGAAUUGAUCUCCAUUAUAACAAGAUAGCAGCAUUACAGAGAAAGCAAGCAGAGUACUCAACAAAUCUAACAACUUGGGAAAUAGAGGAGCAUUUUUUUUUUUCUUUUCCUUUUUUCCUUUUUGUUUCUUUCUUUAUCCUUUUGUUUCUUUUUCACUAUUUCUUUCUUUCUUUUCCCUAUUUCUUUCUUUCUUUUUCACUAUUUCUUUCUUUCUCUCUUUUUCACUAUUUCUUUCUUUCUCUCUUUUUCACUAUUUCUUUCUUUCUCUCUUUUUCACUAUUUCUUUCUUUCUCUCUUUUUCACUAUUUCUUUCUUUCUCUCUUUUUCACUAUUUCUUUCUUUCUUUCUUUCUCUCUCUCUUUCUUUCUUUUUCAUUCUUUUUCACGCUUUCUUGCUUUUUUUCUUUCUUUUUCAAUCUUUCUUUCUAAAGUCAUUUUCCAGCAAUUCUCAGACUUGCAAGAUUUUUCCAUUGCUAAUGUUGCUAGUAUCGACACCCGUGCUGCUCUCAAGAAACACUUUUCACUUCUGGAUGAUCUGUCUUUGCACAAAAUUUGUGCCCACUUGAAUUUAUUACCGUUUCCUGAAAAUGAGGAGACAACAUACAAGACAGAUUUCUUCCUGGAACUUUUAAUUACCAAACAUGAAAGACGUCCCUCACAAUUGGAGACUGUUAAUGAAAUGCCCCUUUAUCCAACAGAAAAUAUAAUUUGGGAUGAAAACAUUGUACCAACUGAAUACUUUUCUGGUGAAGGUUGCCUUGCAUUGCCAAAAAUGAAUCUUCAGUUUCUAACUCUCCAUGAUUACCUUCUGAAAAAUUUCAACUUGUUUCGUUUGGAAUCUACUUAUGAAAUUAGACAAGAUAUUGAGGAUGCUAUCACACACAUGAAACCUUGGAUUGCUGAAGAUGGCAGCAUAAUAUUUGGUGGCUGGGCUCGAAUGGCACAACCCAUUGUUGCUUUCAGUGUUGUUGAAGUAGCCAAACCCAGAAUUGGUGAAUCACAUCCAGCUCAAGUGAGAGCAGACAUUACAGUAAAUCUCAGUGUCCGUCCUGAAAUCAAAUCAGAAUGGGAAGCUUUAAGAAAACACGAUGUUGCAUUUUUAAUCACUGUGAACCCAACAUCAACCAUUGGAACCCCAUAUGAUCCUGAUAAGGCAUUUAUUCCUCAAGUGGGACUCACAUAUGUUAGAGGAUGUGAAAUAGAAGGCUUGUUAGAUGAUAAUGGAAAAGUCAUAGAAGAAGGCCCAGAACCCAAACCUGAAUUACAAGGUGAUACAAGAACAUUACGUGUGUGGCUAGAUCCUAAUCAGUACCAAGAAGACAUGGCCCGGACACUAAAAGGAGAGGAGGAUGUUUAUGAGUUAUUCAAUGUGAUUAUGAGACGGAAACCAAAGGAAAAUAACUUCAAAGCUGUUCUUGAGACGAUUCGGGAUUUGAUGAAUACCGAUUGCGUUGUUCCUGAUUGGCUGCAUGAUUUGAUUCUUGGCUAUGGCAGUCCUGAUGCUGCUCAUUAUUCCAAAAUGCUUAACCAAAUUGCAACUUUAGAUUGGAAUGACACAUUUUUGAAUGUUGAUCACCUAAAUGCAAGUUUCCCUGAUAGUAAAGUUCUGAUCAAAGAUGAAGAUGAAAGUAAACCACAACCACCUUUCAGAUUAACUAUGUUAGCUGAGCCAUCUACCCUGAAACGAAAACUUGGUGAUGAUGAGCUGUCCCCAAAGACAAAUAUGCAGGCUGAGUCUCACAUCAUCCCAAACAGAGGGCCUUAUGCCUGCAGUCAGCCGAAAAGAAAUACAGUGCCAUUUACUCCAACACAAAUUGAAGCUAUACGAGCUGGAAUGCAACCUGGACUGACAAUGGUAGUUGGACCCCCAGGAACAGGAAAGACUGAUGUAGCAGUGCAAAUCAUUUCUAACCUUUACCACAAUUUCCCUGAUCAACGGACACUCAUUGUGACCCACUCCAACCAGGCUCUCAAUCAAUUAUUUGAGAAGAUCAUUGCUUUGGACAUUGAUGAACGUCAUCUUCUUCGUCUUGGUCAUGGUGAAGAAGCUUUAGAGACAGAAAAAGAUUAUAGCAGGUAUGGUCGUGUGAACUAUGUCCUUGCACAGCGUCUAGAGUUGCUUGAUGAAGUGGCUCGACUGCAAGAGAGUCUGAAUGUCUCUGGAGACAUGUCAUACACCUGUGAAACUGCGGGAUAUUUUUACCUGUAUCAGGUCCUUGCACGAUGGGAAGAGUUUCUUAGCAAGAUUAAAGGAGCAGAAUCAAACGAAGACAAUAAAACUAUUGUCAAGGAACUGUUCCCAUUUACUAAAUUCUUCAGCAAUGCUCCACAACCUUUAUUCUCAGGAGAGUCUUAUGAAAAAGAUUUGGACAUUGCAGAGGGCUGUUUCCGACAUAUCAAAAAGAUCUUCACACAACUUGAAGAAUUCCGAGCAUUUGAGUUGCUUCGGAGUGGAGCAGACAGAGCUGAUUACUUGCUCAUUAAAGAAACAAAAAUUAUUGCUAUGACAUGUACUCAUGCUGCCUUAAAAAGACGAGAUUUGGUACAAGUUGGCUUUAAGUUUGAUAACAUCUUGAUGGAAGAAGCUGCCCAAAUUUUGGAGAUUGAAACAUUUAUCCCUCUCCUAUUGCAGAAUCCUGAAGAUGGCCUAAACCGUUUAAAACGUUGGAUCAUGAUUGGAGAUCACCACCAAUUGCCUCCUGUGAUCAAGAACAUGGCCUUCCAGAAAUACUCUAAUAUGGAGCAGUCUUUAUUUACUCGACUUGUUCGACUUGGUGUGCCCACUGUGGACCUUGAUGCCCAGGGAAGAGCAAGGGCAAGUAUCUGCAAUCUGUACAACUGGCGUUACCGUAAACUUGGCAAUCUACCCCAUGUGUUGGAAUCUGCAGAAUUCCAAAUGGCCAAUGCAGGUUUUGUCUAUGACUAUCAACUUGUCGAUGUACAGGAUUUCAAUGGAGUUGGAGAAUCAGAACCAAACCCAUUUUUCUAUCAGAAUCUUGCUGAAGCUGAGUAUGUUGUGGCUGUGUUUAUGUACAUGCGUCUUAUUGGCUACCCUGCUGAGAAGAUCUCCAUUUUAACCACUUACAAUGGGCAGAAACAUUUGAUAAGGGAUGUCAUUGCACAACGAUGUGGAAAUAAUCCAUUUAUUGGACAUCCACACAAGGUGACAACUGUUGAUCGCUAUCAAGGACAACAAAAUGACUACAUUCUCCUCUCACUUGUUCGUACGAAAGCUGUUGGCCAUUUACGAGAUGUGCGUCGUUUGGUGGUAGCAAUGUCCCGAGCUCGUUUGGGUCUCUAUGUAUUUGCAAGAGUCUCCCUAUUUAGAAACUGCUUUGAGUUAACGCCAGCCUUCAAUAAGCUGACAAGUCGUCCACAGAAACUGCAUCUUAUUCCAACAGAAGUUUAUCCUCCAGUUAGAAAGAUUAAUGCCCAAGCCUAUGGCAAAAUUGCUGCCAUGGAAGACAUGGCCCAAAUGGCACAAUUUGUAUUUGAUUUCUACAAUUCCAAAGUUGAAACACUGAUGAGACAAAGAUCAUUUUCCAAAUGA